AUCCAGACCCAUGCCUCCUUCCCAGCCCUUCUCCCAGCCCCUACUCCCAGCCCUUCUCCCAGCCCUUCUCCCAGCCCUUCUCCAGCCCUUCUCCCAGCCCCUACUCCAACUCCCAGCCCUUCUCCCAGCCCUUCUCCCAGCCCCUUCUCCCAGCCCCUUCUCCCAGCACCUUCUCCCAGCCCUUCUCCAGCCCUAAUCCCAGCCCCUACUCCCAGCCCUUCUCCCAGCCCUUCUCCCAGCCCUACUCCCAGCACCUUCUCCCAGCCCUACUCCCAGCCCCUUCUCCCAGCCCUUCUCCCAGCCCCUUCUCCCAGUCCAGCCCCUUCUCCCAGCCCUAUCCCAGCCCUUCUCCCAUUCCCAGCCCUACUCCAGCCCUUCUCCCAGCCCCUCUGGCACCUACUCCUACUCCCAGCACCUUCUCCCAGCCCUCUCCCAGCCCUUCUCCCAGCCCUUCUCCCAGCCCUACUCCCAGCCCUUCUCCCACUCCCAGCCCUUCUCCCAGCCCUACUCCAACCCUUUCCCAGCCCUACUCCCAGCCCUACUCCCAGCCAUUCUCCCAGCCCUACUCCCAGCCAUUCUCCCAGCCCUUCUCCCAGCCCUACUCCCAACCCUACUCCCAGCCCUUCUCCCAGCCCUUCUCCCAGCCCUACUCCCAGCACCCUCCCAACCCCUACUCCCAGCCCUUCUCCCAGUCCCAGCCUACUCCCAGCACCUACUCCCAGCACCUUCUCCCAGCCCUCCCAGCCCUUCUCCCAGCCCUUCUCCCAGCCCUACUCCCAGCCCUUCUCCCAGCCCUACUCCAGCCCCUUCUCAGACUCCCAGCACCUUCUCCCAGCCCUACUCCCAGCCCUUCUCAGCCCACUCCCAGCCCUACUCCCAGACUCCCAGCCCUUUUCCCACCCUACUCCCAGCCCUUCUCCCAGCCCUUCUCCCAGCCCUUCUCCCAGCCCUACUCCCAGCCCUACUCCCAGCCCUUCUCCCAGCCCUACUCCCAGCCCUACUCCCAGCCCCUAAUCCCAGCCCUACUCCCAGCUCUUUCUCCCAGCCCCUACUCCCAGCCCCUACUCCCAGCCCUACUCCAGCACCUUCUCCCAGCCCUUCUCCCAGCCCUACUCCCCAGCCCUACUCCCAGCCCUUCUCCCCAGCCCGACUCCCAGCCCCCUUCUCCCAGCCCUAAUCCCAGCCCUACUCCCAGCCCCUCCCAGCCCUACUCCCAGCACCUACUCCCAGCACCCUACUCCCAGCCCUUCUCCCAGCCCUUCUCCCAGCCCUUCUCCCAGCCCCUACUCCCAGCCCUUACUCCCACCCUUCUGCCCUACUCCCAGCCUACUCCCAGCACCUACUCCCAGCCCUUCUCCCAGCCCUUCUCCCAGCCCUUCUCCCAGCCCUUCUCCCAGCCCUUCUCCCAGCCCUACUCCCAGCCCUACUCCCAGCCCUUCUCCCAGCCCUUCUCCCAGCCCUGA